AGGAUUCGACAUGUGUUCGCGUAUCUAACUUUGUGUGCGAUUCAAAAUGGAGAAUCUCAGGAGUUUCUUCCAGAUCUUCACGGGACUCAAAAACCAAGGUGCAGAGCAACAGUGUGAUGAUGCUGUUGAUGAAUUUUUGCAAUCUCAGCGAGGAACUUUGCAAGAAAAUGCUUUGCUCAUCAUCACCCGAGGCGAGAGGAACGUGAUACCCAGAGACAUGGAUAAAAACUUGAUCAAACGGGUUCUGCAGCGCACGAAAGUAUGUGUUGAUCAAAAUCAUCCGAAAAUCAAGCAGCUUACCCUGGAAAGGAAGCGCGAAAUCGUAGAGAUGUUUUUCGACGAGAGAUUCACUGGUUUGUCUGUGUUGGCUUGCGAUGCUUUCAGCCUCCCUGAAGCUGAACUGAAUACUUUCUACAAGAAGAAAGUAUGUUCGCUGCUCAGCGCCAGGCAGUAUGUGAUGGCGAGCGAGUGGAUGACAGGACUGGAGAUUCCGUAUGGGAUUUAUGAAAAAGUCAUCGCUCCCUUGGGUUUGCUUCCGGAUACCGAAAACAUUCUAUACCAGUUUUUGAGCAGAUUCAAGCAACUCCGUCCAGCUGUGAUUGAAAACUUGGAUGAGCUUAUUUUGUUGAAGCCUAUAGAACUGGAGGAUCGUUGCAGGGAAUGUGGUGUUUCCAUAGACAAUGUUAGGCCCGAAAAAUCAUUGUCACAGUUGUUGAGAUUUUGGUGUACCGAAUUUGACAUUGAUUUCGACCGCGUUGCUAGGCGUUCAGCAUGCCAAGCGCAUAAACUGGCCUUGGAUUUCUUUUUCGGCAAAACUUACAUUUCCCGACAAAUGUCUGUUGAGGCCUUCGUGGAACGCGUUGAAUCUUUGCUAAGGGAUCACGAUUCUCUGAGGGAGUGGUUCGUCCUGUACCUGGAGCGAAAGAAUAAACUUACCGAAGCUGCUUUUUGGUUAACAAAGUAUCGACUAGAUUUCGAGCAGUUUUCUGCAGAACUGAAGAAGAAAAUUUGGGCAAACUCAGCUGGCAUUACCGACAGAACAGAAUUGAACAUGGAUUCUGCCCUUUUUCACCCGCUACGGCUACAAGAAAAAGAUGUAAUUCAUAUUGAAGACACCGCCACUUUUCGGAAAGUGAUGGAAGUGAUUUUACAGAAAUCAACAAUUGCCGUGGAUUGCGAAUGGCUGUCAACAUCUAGAAGUAGCAAAAAGCGGAUUUCCAUUUUACAAAUCGCUGGUCGAUCUCAGAUCUUCCUUUUCGACAUCCUUGCGUUGGAAAAUAUUUUAAGUCGAGACUACCGCACCAUUUUAGCGAAAGUCUUUGAAGCGCCAAGCAUCUUGAAGAUUUGUUACAAUUUUGACGAGAAGAUUGAGUUGAUCAGCCAGCUGGUGGGCGUGCCGCCCGAUGAUUUUGCCAAAAGAAUGCACAACGUAUUUGAUAUUCGUGAUUUUUUUCUGUUGUCGCGACACAUGCUUCUCACUUUUGAUGAGAAAUUGAAUGAUCAAGAUUUGGAGCGACUCUUCUUUCCUCAUUCAGAAGGCACGAAUCCCGACUCAGUUGGACUAGCUGGUAUGGUCGAAUUGCUCCUCGGAAAACCUCUUGAUGUUCGGGAGUCCAUGUCGGACUGGGAACGUAGACCGCUUCGCCCCGCGCAAGUGCAGUUUGCUGCUUUGAGUGCCUUCUGUUUAUACGAGAUCUACGAUGCAUUGGAGCAAAAAGCCAGAAAGUGGGACGUGGAUUUUAAAAUCAUGUUCGAGUGGUUCUCCAUCACGGAAACGGGUGCCACAUUAAUUGAAUCAUUCCACGUUGACAAUGGAGAUGAACUCGAAUCGAUCUUCAAGGUUAACAGUGGUAUUGCGGAUAGAAACCGCUUAACCCGUCCGAAUGCCGCUCGGAACGACCCUCGCAUACGUCCAUUGAAGGUUCGGGAGCUGGUUGUUCCCGAAGAAGACUUCUCUAGAAAUCCUAUUCGAGAAGUUGUGAUUGCAGAUGCAUCUGGCCGCAGGUUACGGAUACAAGACGACGCUGCACCGGCGCAGACGUCCAUUGAACCUUAUGCUCCUGUAGUUCCGGUGCAGAAUCCUGACCAACAACCUGUCAUCGAGUUGCGUCGGAAAAUAAGGCCGGAGCAGUUGAAGGUGGUCACGGACUUGAUGUUGCAAGGAUUAUGUAAGCAACUUCUGAAGCUGGGCGUCGAUGCGAAGACUCUGAAAAAUCCAGAUCCACGAAUAAUGUGCCUGGAAUUCUCGAGGAAGGAGAAUCGAAUUAUUUUGACCAGAUCUGGAAAAGGAUAUGAUGAGCUGAAACACAAGAUCGAAAAAAAAUUUCUGGUGGCGAUAGAAACUCACAACUCGAUGGAGCAGGUAUUGGAAGUGGUGCGAAAGAUGAAUUUGGACAUUUCGGAGGCAGAAAUCAAACGCAGAUGCCCGGAUUUGUUCGAUGUCCCAUCUGCUGGAGCAAAGCGAGAGCAAAACACCAAUGUAGUGCUCUUGUGGGAAAACAAAAUGAAAGACACGUCUGCGUCGGAAACGUGUAACGGUACCGAUAUAGAGCGAUUAAACGCAUUUCUGGAAAGCUACGCUUUUGUCAAACAAGAGAAACACCGACGAAUUGAACUUCUAGAUGCGGUUCUCUCCGACUUGCCCAAUAGUAUGCUGGAAAACGCUUUGUAUAUUGUAUGCCGUGGACGCGACCAGGACAUUGGAGGCGAUCAAGUAAUGAAUAAACAAUUUAUAGUUCGGCUCUUCGAUCGGGUGAAAUUUCACAUGUCGAACGGCCAUCCAAAAUGUCAUCCGCUUUCCUCAUCUCGCAAAAAGGAUGUCUUCGCUUUGUUCUCCCCGAAGCGGUUUAGGAAAAUAGUUCCGUUGGUCUGCUGCGUGUUUUCUCUUGUAGAUGAUACGCUUUCAUCAUUUUACGAAUUUGAAAUUUCCAAAAUGAUUGAAAAGGAGGAAUACAUGUUGGCAGUUCUAUGGAUUACCGAAUUGAAGCUUUCUGAAAGCUCGUACGAGCCACUUCUCGUACCACUAGCCCUAAGUUCGAAUUCAGACGUAGUUUUGAGGACUGUUUUCGACGAACGUGAAAGCUUGAGAAUGAUGACUAUUUCACAACUGGAUAAAUUGGUUGAAUUACAACCCGGACAGUAUUCGGACGUUUCGGUUGAUGCUUUCGUUGAGCGUGUGCGUAGAAUAAUUCAUGGAAGCCAGUCGCUUGCAUCCUGGUUCGUGAACUUUCUGCAAGAAAAUGGCAAGAUUUCCGAAGCAUCGUUCUGGGCGGCAGAAAUAUCACCGAGUCAGAAUUUGUAUUCAGCUGAAGUGGAGCAGAUGAUCCGUCUUGGUGACUUGGGAUUCUCCGACAGGAAGGAAUUAUUCGUAGAUCCGUCCUUGUUCCAUGCAUUGAGGAUUGACGAAGCAAACAUUGUAUUCGUUGGAGAUAUUUUUACGUAUCGAAACGUCAUGAAAGUUCUACUUGAGAAAACUUUACUUGGACUCGAUUGUGAAUGGCUGCCCACGUAUGGGGAAAGCGAAAAACGAUUGUCAAUUUUCCAAAUCUCCACGGAAACAGAAGUGUUCAUCUUAGACAUGCUACAUAUGAAAUCAUUCAUGGACGGGAAAGACGGAGUGCUUCUUGCGAAUUUGUUCAGUUCUUCAACGGUUAUGAAGCUAUGUUAUGGCUUUAAGACGGAUUUUGAAAUGUUUUGUGGUACAGGUUAUGGCUUUAAGACGGAUUUUGAAAUGUUGCAUCAACUUGGAGGACCGCUUGCAAAUAUCGCGAGUGAGUCGAAGAACAUGUUCGAUGUUCACGCGUUCCAAAUACUUGCGAGACAAAUUCUGCGAAAUCAAGUGGACUUGAAUAGUCAUCAGCAACGAUAUGGACGGAUGUUGGCGGAUUUCUUCUUGAAACCCGGAAAAGAAGUGGACUGCUACGAUUUUGGCCAACCUGUUACUGGAUUGGCGUCAUUGGUCAGGACUGUGCUUGGAAAACCCCUGGAUAAGCGCGAA